AGGACUGCGCGGGCCCGCGGGCCUCUCUCCUGAGCCGGCCGCGCAGCCCAGGCCCGGGCAGCCCCCGCCCCUUCAGCCCCGGCCGGGCCCGUCGCCGCCUCGGGCCGCGGAGGCCGGGGAGUCCCUGCCUGGGCCCGCAACCUCCCUCUUGGGGGUCGGGCCCAGGCGGGGGGCCCCCGCACAGCUGCCUCCCUUCCUCAUUUCCUGCUUUUGCGUUUGCCUGGGGUGGGCCGAGGUCUAGAUGAAUAGCUUCGGGGGUCCUCGAUGAGGCCGCUGUGCUCCUUUUAAAGGUGCCGGCGGGGCCCGGGUGGGGAACGGGUUGUCUUUGCAUGGGCGGGGGACUCCCCGAGCCUGCCGGGACCAUGACCUGAACUGUGCGAGCGGGACGCGUGAGAUCCAAAGAGCCAGCUCACCUGAGCCACCUCCCCCUCCGGCCAGCAUGGCAUCUGAAGAAGCCUCCCUCAGGGCACUGGAAAGUCUGAUGACAGAAUUUUUCCAUGAUUGUACAACUAAUGAAAGAAAACGUGAGAUAGAGGAGCUUCUUAAUAACUUUGCCCAGCAAGUAGGAGCCUGGAGAUUCUGCUUGUAUUUUCUGUCCAGCACAAGGAAUGACUAUGUGAUGAUGUACAGCUUAACGGUUUUUGAGAAUCUGAUCAAUAAAAUGUGGCUUGGGGUCCCAUCUCAGGAUAAGAUGGAAAUUCGUAGCUGCUUGCCCAAACUUCUCUUGGCUCACCAUAAAACCUUACCUUACUUUAUCCGGAACAAACUCUGCAAAGUUAUUGUUGAUAUUGGACGCCAAGAUUGGCCCAUGUUCUACCAUGACUUUUUCACUAACAUUUUACAGUUGAUCCAGUCCCCUGUGACAACCCCCCUUGGGCUGAUCAUGUUGAAGACAACUUCAGAAGAGCUAGCUUGUCCCCGUGAGGACCUCAGUGUGGCUCGGAAGGAGGAGUUGCGGAAGCUGCUGCUGGACCAGGUGCAGACAGUGCUUGGGCUCUUGACAGGUAUCUUGGAAACUGUCUGGGACAAACACAGUGUUACUGCUGCCACCCCACCACCAUCCCCGACCUCAGGAGAAAGUGGUGAUUUACUGAGUAACCUGUUGCAGAGUCCUAGUUCAGCCAAACUGCUGCCCCAGCCCAUCCCCGUGCUGGAUGUGGAGAGUGAGUAUGUCUGUUCCCUGGCCUUGGAAUGCCUGGCCCACCUCUUCAGUUGGAUUCCUCUGUCUGCCAGCAUCACCCCAUCCCUCCUCACCACUAUCUUCCACUUUGCUCGAUUUGGCUGUGAUACCCGGGCCAGAAAGAUGGCAUCAGUGAAUGGCAGCAGCCAGAACUGUGUUUUGGGUCAGGAGCGUGGCCGACUUGGGGUCUUGGCCAUGUCCUGCAUCAAUGAACUCAUGUCCAAGAACUGUGUGCCUAUGGAAUUUGAGGAAUACUUAUUACGAAUGUUCCAGCAAACCUUCUACCUCCUGCAAAAAAUCACCAAGGAUAACAAUGCCCACACGGUGAAGAGCAGGCUAGAGGAGCUCGAUGAGAGCUACAUUGAGAAGUUUACCGACUUUCUGCGGCUCUUUGUGAGUGUUCACCUGAGAAGAAUCGAGUCCUACUCUCAGUUCCCUAUGGUAGAGUUCCUGACCCUUCUGUUCAAGUACACAUUUCAUCAGCCUACUCAUGAAGGUUACUUCUCUUGUUUGGAUAUCUGGACACUGUUUUUGGACUAUCUGACAAGUAAAAUUAAAAGUCGUCUGGGAGACAAGGAAGCAGUUCUCAACAGGUACGAAGAUGCCCUGGUCCUCUUGCUCACAGAGGUGUUGAAUCGAAUCCAGUUCAGAUACAACCAGGCCCAGCUGGAGGAGCUGGAUGAUGAAACUCUGGAUGAUGAUCAGCAGACAGAGUGGCAGCGGUACUUACGCCAGAGCUUGGAGGUGGUGGCCAAAGUGAUGGAACUCCUUCCCACACACGCCUUCUCAACUCUGUUCCCAGUUCUUCAGGACAAUUUAGAAGUUUAUUUGGGAUUACAGCAAUUUGUAGUUACUUCGGGGUCAGGACACAGGCUGAACAUCACAGCGGAGAAUGACUGCCGGCGCUUGCACUGCUCACUGAGAGACUUGAGCUCCCUGCUGCAGGCUGUGGGCCGUUUAGCCGAGUACUUCACUGGGGAUGUGUUUGCUGCAAGGUUCAACGACGCUCUCACAGUCGUGGAGAGGUUGGUCAAAGUUACUCUGUAUGGAUCUCAGAUAAAACUGUACAACAUUGAAACAGCUGUGCCAUCAGUGUUGAAACCUGACCUCAUUGAUGUGCAUGCCCAGUCACUUGCAGCUCUCCAGGCCUACUCCCAUUGGUUGGCACAGUAUUGCAGUGAAGCCCAUCGACAGAACACACAGCAGUUUGUGACACUCAUCUCUACCACCAUGGAUGCGAUCACACCUCUCAUCAGCACCAAGGUCCAAGACAAGCUGCUGCUGUCUGCAUGCCACCUACUGGUCUCAGUAGCCACCACUGUGCGGCCGGUUUUUCUCAUCAGCAUCCCUGCGGUGCAGAAGGUGUUCAACAGCAUCAUCGAUGCCUCUGCCCAGCGCCUGGCAGACAAGGCACAGGUUUUGGUUUGCCGUGCACUCUCUAACACCUUGCUCCUUCCAUGGCCAAAUCUUCCUGAGAGUGAGCAGCAGUGGCCCCUGCGCUCCAUCAACCAUGCCAGCCUCAUCUCUGCACUCUCUCGGGACUACCACAGCCUGAAGCCCAGUGCUGCCGCCCCCCAGAGCAAAGUACCGCUGGAUGACACCAAAGUGAUUAUUCACCAGACACUUAGUGUCUUGGAAGACAUUGUGGAGAAUAUCUCUGGGGAAUCCACCAAGUCUCGACAGAUCUGUUACCAGUCACUGCAGGAAUCUGUUCAGGUCUCCCUGGCCCUCUUUCCAGCUUUUAUCCAUCAAUCAGAUGUGACUGAUGAGAUGCUGAGCUUCUUCCUCACCUUGUUUCGAGGCCUUAGAGUACAGAUGGGUGUGCCUUUCACAGAGCAGAUCAUACAGACUUUCCUCAACAUGUUUACCAGAGAACAGUUGGCUGAGAGCAUCCUCCAUGAAGGCAGCACUGGCUGCCGGGUGGUGGAAAAGUUCCUGAAGAUCCUGCAGGUGGUGGUGCAGGAGCCUGGCCAGGUGUUCAAGCCCUUCCUCCCCAGCAUUAUUGCGCUGUGCAUGGAGCAGGUGUACCCCAUCAUUGCUGAGCGCCCGUCACCUGACGUGAAGGCUGAGCUGUUUGAGCUCCUCUUUCGAACGCUCCAUCACAACUGGCGGUACUUCUUCAAGUCUACUGUCCUGGCUAGCGUGCAGAGGGGCAUUGCUGAGGAGCAGAUGGAGAAUGAACCCCAGUUCAGUGCCAUCAUGCAGGCUUUUGGACAGUCCUUUCUUCAGCCUGACAUCCACCUGUUCAAACAAAAUCUCUUCUACUUGGAGACUCUGAACACCAAGCAGAAAUUAUACCACAAAAAGAUCUUCCGGACCACUAUGCUGUUCCAGUUUGUGAAUGUGCUGCUCCAGGUCCUGGUUCAUAAGUCUCAUGACCUUCUACAAGAGGAGAUUGGCAUUGCUAUUUACAACAUGGCUUCUGUCGACUUUGAUGGCUUCUUUGCAGCCUUCCUUCCAGAGUUCCUGACCAGCUGUGAUGGUGUGGAUGCCAAUCAGAAAAAUGUGCUGGGACGAAAUUUCAAGAUGGAUCGGGACCUGCCCUCGUUCACCCAGAAUGUGCACAGGCUGGUAAAUGACCUACGUUACUACCGACUCUGCAACGACAGCCUACCCCCUGGCACUGUGAAGCUCUAGGAGUGCCUGCUUGCCUUCCUGGCUGCUCACUGCCCCAGGGACGUGCCUGCUGCCACCGCCACCAACACCACCUGCACCUGUGCCACGGAAGUCUGUGACAAGCCUUGGCCACUCUCUGGAUGGUCAUGCCCUGAGCAAGUGGCCUGCCUUUGCCCUCUCCUGCUGCCACCAACACAGCAGGCCUUGGGGUCCAUUUGACACUGGUAGAGUUUCCAGGCAUUUGGAGCAAACAGAGGGUCAUGUGGCCGGAUGCCAGGAAGGCACCCAGAGGUCCCACAGCAUGGUCCAUGCAGAUCAUGUGUCUGUCUAUCAGUCCCGAGUCCGAAUCGCCAAGGACCGCUUACAACAGUGCCACCUUCUCACCAUUCCACUUCCCCACCCUCCUGGCCGGCCAGCCCAGGAGAAAUUCGACAGCAGAACUAUUUCUGUCGAGCCUCCUGCCCUCCGAUUGCCUUGAAGUCUCUGUUCUUUGUCAGAGAUUCGUGAAGACUCGCAUUUUUUUUGUUCUUGUUUUCUCAUCAUUCCAUUGUGAUACUAAGAAGCUUAAUGGAUAAAUAAAAUGCUUAAGUUGUUGGUAUAGAA